AUCAAUCAUAACCCACAUAUUAAAUAGCAACAAAAAGUCGAUAGCUAAAUUUCACACUAACAAUGGGUCGGAUUUCCUUAAAAAUUUCAAAUUUUAAUGCUAUUUUUUUCCUUAAUGUUUGAAGCUGGAUUCUAAUUCUUCCAGCAGCAUUAAAUUCGACGUUGUACCUUCUGAAUUUUAGUUAGAUUUUUUUUUCAAAUGCCCAAAUCCUUCAUAAAUGGAGGCAGUUGAGAGUUGUGGAGCAGCAGUUGUUAUUACUACAAAAACAUCGGCUCCUCUUUUUUCUAUGUUUUUAUUGUAAAAGUGCUCUCAUUCACAUUAAUUCACAUCUAGAAAGCCUCUUUACAGAGCUUUACUACUUAUAGCCAUUCAUUUCUCGACAGCUCCAAUCUUGUCUCAACUCAUGGAUUGGUUGCGCAAGUUUUUCUUCACGGCUUUCCUCGUCGCCGCCGCCGCGAUCGGCGGCGCCCGCGGCGACGCCAUGGUCACCGGAACCGUGUUUUGUGAUCAAUGCAAAGAUGGCCAGAUUUCCCUCUUUGAUUAUCCCUUAAAUGGGAUUAAGGUGACGAUGGCCUGCCCGGGCAGCGACGGGCAGUACACGACGUGGGGGGAGCAGACCACCAACUGGCUAGGCAACUAUGCUAUGAGGGUUGGUGGUGCCCCCAAUUUGAGCGGCUGCUACACGCAGGUCUCGGGCAGCGGUCAAGGCUCGAACGCCUGCGGGGCGGCCGCUGGGCCAGCCAAGCGUCUCCGGCUCAUGUUCAACAUGUUCGAUACGGAGAUGUACACCGUUGAACCGUUGCUAGCUCAACCGGCUCAACCAAUGUCCUUCUGCCCGAGCUCCACCCCUGCCCCGGUCGUCCCGGUCAACCCUCCGCCCGCACCCCUGUUGCCGCCCGUCCCCCGCUUCCCCCCGACGCCCUUCUUGGAAGCCUCGGCCUGCCCCCACCAAAUAUGGUUGAUGCCGGAGUACCAAUGCUAUUGGAAGGUGGUGAGCCCGGACACGAAGGUGGCCGUUGCGUUCGGGCUGGUCGCGGGCCGUAGGUACGGGACCGACAUGACGCUUAGGCAAGGCAUGCUAGGGAGAGGGGAUCCCUAUAGGACCUUGUUGAGAGAGGGCACCACUGCAUUGCUCAACUCCUACAAUAGCAUACAGUUCCCAUACCACCCCCUUGGUGUGAUCCAAGACAUGAAUUUGGCGUUGGUGGGGUCCACGCGGCACGUGCUCCACACCGCGUUGCGCUUCAUGAGGGCGAACUCCGGCUCGGGCAGCACGGCCACUUGCAAGUUCACUACUUGCAAGUGAAUUUUUCGAACCUCUGAUUUGAUAUUUCAUUAUGUGUUUUCGAAUUUUCAAAUUUAUUAUCCUAAGUUUAUUAUAGAGUUGUAGAAUGAGGUCGAUGGCCUAGAGUUUUGGAGGAGGGGCUUCUUUUAUUACAUAGAUUAUUGACCUUUGAAUGUACUUGUGUAAACUUAUGAUCCUUGCACGGUUGGUUGUUGGAAUGUGUUUGUUACCAAUAAAUUGUUGAGAAUUCGGUCAAAUUAUUUUUAUAUAAAAAAUGAUAAGAGGAGUUUUAC